GUGUUUCUCACGCGCCUUGAUUCAAAAUCACAAACUUCAACACCCUGAAUUCCUGAGCUAUUUGAAUUUGUUUCCAAUCAAAAUAAAUGACAUAAAAACAAAAUGCACUAGCCAACCGAACCAAUACACGAGCCUUAUAAAAGAACAAUCAAACACAUAGUGAGAGAGAAUCAUAGCUAGAGAGGAAUGAAGAGAGGCAGAGUUCAAAAGAACACCAACAUGUGUUCUUCUUUGACACCAUGCCUUGUCUUAUUACUUUCUUUCAUCAUUCUUCCCUUAUGUGAGUCCUUCAACUAUGGCCAAGCCCUUUCCCAGAGCCUCCUCUACUUCGAGUCACAGCGUUCCGGUCGCUUACCCCACAACCAAAGGGUCACCUGGCGUCACCAUUCUGCCCUCACAGAUGGCCUUGAACAAGGGGUGGACUUGGUGGGAGGCUACUAUGAUGCAGGGGACAAUGUGAAAUUUGGGCUGCCAAUGGCAUUCACAGUAACUCUGCUCUCAUGGGCUGCCAUUGAAUAUGGUGAACAAAUCGCCGGUGCCGGCGAGUAUGCUCACGCGCUGGAGGCAAUCAAGUGGGGAACCGAUUAUUUCAUCAAGGCUCACUCUCAACCAAAUGUUUUGUGGGUACAGGUGGGUGACGGAGACACUGAUCACUACUGUUGGCAGCGGCCGGAGGACAUGACCACGUCUCGCCGAGCUUAUAAGGUUGACGCCGACAAUCCUGGCUCAGAAGUAGCAGGGGAGACCGCGGCAGCGUUGGCAGCUGCAUCCAUUUUGUUUAAGAGAACAAACCCACAUUACUCUCAACUGCUUUUGCAUCAUGCACAACAGUUGUUUGAGUUUGGUAACAAGUUCAAGGGCAAAUAUGAUGAGAGUGUUGGAGUAGCUAGAGGGUACUAUGCUUCUGUUAGUGGGUACAUGGAUGAGUUGCUGUGGGCAGCUAUUUGGCUAUACAAGGCCACAGAAAAGGAGGAAUAUUUGAAGUAUCUUUUGGAGAAUGCUUAUGGCUUUGGUGGGACUACUUGGGCCAUGAUUGAAUUUAGCUGGGAUAAUAAGUAUGCUGGUGUUCAAGCCAUUGCUUCCAUGCUCCUAAUGGAAGAACAACACAAGAAGCACGAAGCCAUACUCAAACAAUAUCGUUCAAAAGCAGAGCACUACCUCUGCGCGUGCCUCAACCUCAACAACAACUUAACCAACGUGGAGCGCACCCCAGGUGGGUUACUGUACACCCGCAAGUGGAACAACAUGCAAUAUGUAGCCACAUCAGCGUUUCUUCUCACAAUCUACUCUGAUCAUCUCCAAUCCAACGGUCAGAACCUGCACUGCCACAAAGCCCAGGUGGGCCCCCAUGAUCUCAUUGCCUUAGCAAAAUCACAGGUUGAUUACAUCCUGGGUUCUAAUCCAAUGAACAUGAGCUACUUGGUGGGGUAUGGUCCUAGUUUCCCCAAGAGGGUGCACCAUAGAAGUGCAUCCAUUGAAUCAUUCAGAGGGAACAUGGGCUUUAUUGGGUGCACUCAGGGGUAUGAUAACUGGUAUGGAAGGCCUGGGCCCAACCCAAAUACACUCAUUGGGGCCCUUGUUGGUGGGCCUGAUGACAAGGACCAGUUUCAAGAUGAAAGGAGGAAUUACAUUCAGACAGAGGCUUGCACAUACAAUACUGCAGCACUAGUAGGGGUUUUUGCUAGAUUGCAUGCAUCAGAAGGUGAGAGUGAAACGCCUUUGAUAGCUUCUAGCAAAUAAUUGGGAUUAUAGAGAAAAUUUUGGUCUAUUCAGAGCACAAAAUGUUUCUGUGUGCUUACUUAGAUAUUUCUAUUGUAAUUUUAGUAUACAGUGAGAUUUAAACAAUACAAUACAUCCACUGUUGAUGCAACAAUUGGUGGAAUAGCAAAUUGUACAACUUAUACUUUAUGCUAGCAAAUGGAAAGAGGACAAUCCAUGGUGACACAUAAUUUAAAGCUGGAUUUCAACA